AUGCUUCUCUACUUCUUCUUCCUCAUCCCCCUUCUCCUCCUCCUCCGCUCCGCCGCCGUCCGCCGGCGCCGUCGUCUCCUCCCGCCGGGAAACCUCGGGCCGCCCCUCAUCGGGGAGACCCUCCAGCUAAUCUCCGCCUACAAGACAUCCAACCCGGAGCCCUUCAUCGACGACCGGGUCGCCCGAUUCGGACCGCUCUUCACCACCCACGUCUUCGGCGAGCCGACCGUAUUCUCCGCGGACCCGGACGCGAACCGGCUCAUCCUCCACAGCGAGGGCCGGCUCUUCGAGUCAAGCUACCCCGGCUCCAUCUGCAACCUCCUCGGCCGCCACUCGCUCCUCCUCAUGCGCGGCGGACUCCACCGCCGGAUGCACUCCCUGACCACCAGCUUCGCCGGCUCCGCCAUCAUCCGCAGCCACCUGCUGGGGGACAUCGACCGCCUCGUCCGGCUCAACAUGGACGCCUGGGCCGGCCGGGUUCUCCUCAUGGAGGAGACCAAAAAGAUAACUUUUCAGUUAACAGUGAAGCAGCUGAUGAGCUUAGAUCCUUGUGAAUGGACUGAAAAUCUAAUGAAAGAGUACAUGUUGGUCAUUGAAGGCUUUUUCACCAUACCUUUCCCAAUUUUCUCCACCACAUAUAAAAGGGCCAUUCAAGCUCGGACAAAGGUGGCGGAGGCGCUAAGCCUGGUGGUUCGGGAAAGGAGGAGAGAGAGUGAGAGAGGAGAGAAAAAGAAGGACAUGCUGGCGGCGCUUCUGGACGAGGAAGGCGGUGGAGGUGGCUUUUCCGACGAGGAGAUUGUGGAUUUCAUGGUGGCUCUUCUGGUGGCGGGUUACGAAACGACGUCGACUAUAAUGACGCUCGCCGUUAAGUAUCUGACGGAGACACCCACGGCGUUAGCUCAGCUCAAGGAAGAGCAUGAUCAAAUCAGAGCAAAAAAAGGUGACAUUGAUUCUCUUGAGUGGGAAGAUUGCAAAUCCAUGCCCUUCACUCAAUGUGUCGUAAAUGAAACCCUUCGAGUUGCAAACAUAAUCAGCGGUGUUUUUAGACGAGCCAUGCAGGAUGUUACCAUCAAGGGUUUUACGAUCCCUAAGGGAUGGAAAGUGUUUGCCUCCCUUCGAGCCGUACACAUGGAUCAUCAACACUUUAAAGAUGCUCGAACUUUUAAUCCGUGGAGAUGGCAGAAUGGCUCGAGUGGCGUAGCGAAUGUGUUCACGCCGUUUGGAGGUGGGCCCCGGCGAUGCCCGGGCGCUGAGCUGGCGAGGGUGGAGCUCUCGGUUUUUCUCCAUCGACUAGUCACCCAAUUCAGUUGGGAGCCUGCAGAGGAAGAUAAAGUGAUAUUCUUCCCAACCACAAGAACUCAGAAGAAAUAUCCAAUUCUUGUAGAGAGGAGGAUUUAA